CCAUGGAUUUUUGGUUUGAGCUUACUGGGACUGACGCCUCUAGCUGAACGUGUCAGCUUUUUGACAGAGCAGAUUGCCUUCUACACCGGCCCAACAGUGGGAGGGCUGCUGAAUGCAACAUGUGGAAAUGCCACAGAGCUUAUAAUAGCACUGCUUGCUCUCAUCCAACACAAAGUAGAUGUGGUGAAGUACUCUCUCUUGGGCUCCAUCAUCUCUAACCUCCUCCUCGUUCUUGGUACCUCACUCUUCUGUGGUGGACUUGCUAACCUCAAUAGGGAACAAAAAUUUGAAAGAAAACAAGCCGAUGUGAACUCGCUCCUCUUGAUGCUGGCAUUGUUGUGCCACAUGCUGCCCAUAAUGUUCCGGUAUGCUGGAAAAUCUGACAGCGCGACUGCAGAGGUGACGCUUCUUUUGUCGCGAGUGUGCAGUGUUGUCAUGCUUGUCGCUUAUUUGGCCUAUCUUGUAUUCCAACUGUGGACACACCGACAAUUGUUUGAAGCACCGGAGGAAAAAGAUGAAGAGAGUGAUACUGUGAUCUCAGAAGAAGAACCAGUGAUUGGAUUUUGGAGUGGAUUUGCCUGGCUAAUUGGCAUGACUUCGGUCAUUGCUUUACUAUCUGAGUAUGUUGUGGGAACAAUUGAGGAUGCAUCAGAAUCAUGGGGCUUAUCUGUCAGCUUCAUCAGCAUAAUAUUGCUACCAAUCGUUGGAAAUGCAGCUGAACACGCUGGAGCGAUCAUAUUUGCUUUCAAGAACAAGUUGGAUAUAUCCUUGGGAGUAGCUUUAGGAUCUGCAACUCAAAUUGCUUUGUUUGUGGUUCCAUUGAGCGUGGUCUUCGCUUGGAUCAUCGGUGUGAAGAUGGAUCUUGAUUUCAAUCUCACUGAGACCGGCUCGCUCGCUCUCUCAAUUAUAGUCACAGCUUUCACUUUGCAGGAUGGGACUUCUCAUUACAUGAAAGGAUUGGUUCUUCUUCUGUGCUACAUUGUUAUUGGGGCCUCUUUUUUUGUUACUCAAUCCCCAACAAAUCAAUCAAAUGGUGUCAAUUUGGGAAUUCAUUCAUCGGCUUGAGGAAACUUCAGUGCUCGAUAGCAAUUCUUUGGCCUUGCGGGGAGUCACUGGCCAUGAAUUCUUGAGGGUGUUUGAACUCAUUGGAUGUGCAUUUGUUAUUCUUCGAUUUUGAUUGUUCUCGAUCGGGCGCAGUAAGUUAUAUAUAAUCAACCUGAAGUUGCAGCUUCCUUGUUUUAGAAGAGGCUGCACUCCCUGGGAAGUCAAGAAUAAGGGGAGGAAAUAGCAUAGCCAGCAGCAGUAUAUAAGCAAUAUUACCAUGUGUCAGCGAGUUUCUCCUAUAGGAUUUGUAAGAUUUUCAUGGCUGCCUUUUGUUCCUUAUUGUAGUAAUAAAGUUCUAGCAAAACUGUCACUGUUUGCUUUAGCAGUGGAAUAAAUCAGUGAAUAAAAAUUGUUGUUCAUGCUUUUUUGUUA